AUGGGGUCAGCACAAAUAGACAUCGCCAGAACUUAUCCAAAAUUGAGUAAAGUCGAAUCGAAAGAAGAGUUAAUUUCGACUCUUCACGGGAUGCUUAAAUUUUAUAAGAAAGGACAUCGUGAGUAUAGAUCGUACAAAAAUUUGAUAAUUACAGGUGUUUAUCUUGGUUGGUCAGUCGAAGAGAGAGCUAUUUUUGAAGCUUUCCUCGAGAAGCAUAAACAAAAAAUACAAAACUUCAUUCAAGAAUGUAGAAGAAAUCAUGGCAAAGCAGUUUUGGAUAUUCCAAUGCCUCCUUUGGGUAUCAGUGUUAAUACAUUUAAGAAUUUUUUGAAUUAUUUUGAUACACCGAGAUUCUGGCAGAACUUUAGAUAUCUUUCCAUUAUUGUUAAAGCGGUAGAGUGCGGGAAGGAUUUAGAAACAGCUUUGACUGACAGCAAGAAAACUCUAGAGACGAGUUUAAAAGAAGCAAUAAAAAUCUAA